GCAAUCAGUUCUAGAUGGUACACCGUCAGCCGAAAGAGAGCGAGAAGUAUCAGCCAGUUCAUUCUGAAAAUCGUGGGGCACGAAACGAUAGGAAACAUUUUUUAAGUUGUAUCAUAUAACUAGCUAGCUAAUAUAUACUAACGAUGCCCAAAAAUAAAGGAAAGGGAGGAAAGAACAGAAGAAGAGGAAAGAAUGAAAAUGAAACAGAGAAGAGAGAAUUAGUGUUUAAAGAAGAAGGGCAAGAGUAUGCCCAAGUGAUUAAGAUGUUGGGUAAUGGCCGUUUGGACGCUUUGUGUUUCGAUGGCACCAAACGUUUAUGUCAUAUCAGAGGAAAAUUGAGGAAAAAAGUUUGGAUAAACACUGGUGAUAUUAUUUUACUCGGGUUGAGAGACUAUCAGGAUGCUAAAGCUGAUGUCAUUCUAAAAUACACUCCAGACGAGGCAAGAAAUUUAAAAGCAUACGGUGAACUGCCUGAAACAGUUAAAAUCGAAACUAUGGCUGCAAACGAAGAUCAAUCAGGAGACAUCGAAUUUGAAUUUCAAGACGAUAGUGAUGACGAUGACGAGGAAGUUGACGAUAUUGAGAAUAUAUAACAGUGGAGUACGUCAUGUUUUCAUUGGUUGGCGAUGUUUUCAAGCGACGUGAUUGGUUACGAUGAGGUUUUUUUUUCGGGUCUCGAUGUAAUAGUUGUGGUGUUGCCACUGACGGACAGGUUUCCUAAAAUUACAGUUUUCAAGCAGAACUUUAUCCGCAUUUAAAGAAGUAUAUCUUUUUUGUUUCUGUCGCUUCGUUAUUUGAGGUAAAAUUCGCACAAAUUGCCAAUUCUGUACAAAUAAGUCUCUAGAAUUUUUUCCACCAAAAAAUUGGGAUAGAAGUGAUUAAAAUAUUUCUGAGUUAUAAUUAAAAUUAAAUUGAAAAUAAUACUUAGAAGACUUCUAGUAUUUCUCGAGAAGAAAUUCUCGAUAUUCACCUACAUAUUUCCAGAUUUUAUGACAAAAAUGUUUUUCGAUACGAAAAUGCAUAUUUUCUUUAGAUUAACUUCUGGAUUUUGUUAUUUUAUAAUAUAGUUAUAACAUUA